AUGGACUCUAUUGUGGAUAAAGCAGCACUUGGUUUGCUUUCUGACCAAACGUCCGAUAUAAAGGGGGCAAUGGAAGUUCUGGACAACCUAUGGCUAGCCCCGAAAACAAAAAGGGAUUUUGUGCGCUUUGCCAGAGUCAUCCAAGAGCUUGCAGGUUACGAACAAGGCCGGGUUAUGAAAAAGCUGAUGAGUAACUGGCUGUCAAGGUAUGACGACAGCUGUGAGUUUGGGCUGCAGCAGGAGUUCCUUUGUGGUUUAACUUCUACCGUCCUCCCAAAACUGACAACCAGCAAGGUAGCAGCUCAGGUGUGUCUGACAGGAGAAGGGACGGUUGAAAACCUGGUUUUCGAGUUUGCGAGGAAGUUCACGCGAAUUUUGUAUGACCAAGCAACUCCGCUCGAGGCUUCCUUGACAUUUCAAGCUUUCAGCAACUUCUCUCAGGCUUCGAAGCUGUUCCGGAAAAGCAUGCAGGCGCUUGGCUUGAAUCCCCUUCCUCCGAUCCACAAAGUGCUUGCUGGCGAGUAUUUGAAGCAGGCCUCAGAAAUUGAUAUCUUCGCCUUGAGGGAAUCCUUGGCCAGGAUGAUUGAGGCCCUGUCGCUGUCGGGAGACAGCCGUCUGUGGUUGAUUGACGCAGGAUACAUCUACAUCAUUGCAGAGCUCUAUCGGACUAGGAUGCAAGGGGAUCGCUUCGACGUCCUGAGUCGGUGCAACAUAGCUUUGCUGCGGUUGAUCAGCUCGGAGGAUUCCCUCGAAAGGCUGAGACAGUCUGGCUUCCUGUCAACCUUGGAACCGCUCUCUACCGUCCUGAAAGAGGGUAUACGCGGCACUGACUUUUGGGAAUUGGUCAAAGGCAAGCUGACAAACUCGAAGGACGGGCAAAAGUUCAGAGAUUUUACCUUACCUGUGACCCAUCCUGCCUGGAAGAACUUCAAGAGGUCCGUGUUCUCCACGCCAGUGGUGUGCUCUUGGAAGGAGUGUGAAGCUAUGGAGUAUACGGAAUCCAUGUUGGAACACUUGGAGCACGCCUCGGCCCUCAGCAGAUGCGGGCGAUGCGGUGUGGCGCGCUACUGCAGCCAGAAGCACCAGAAGCUUCAUUGGCCAUCACACAAGAGACACUGCGUGUCAAAGGGAGAGAAACCGUUGGUACCUAUCUCCCUCGCAGAGUAG